UCAAAGCGCUUUAGGCUGCAUAAACAUCCACACCCCUACACACAGAUAAAGCAGCAUUCGAUUUGACCAACAGGUCAUUUCCUCUUUGUCUCUCGGCUGAUACACAAUGGUUCAGUUUAAAACUCUGCCUGUGUUUCUCUGUGCCAUGGUUGCAGGUUUUAUCUCAGAGACUCUGUGCUCUUCAUCUUUGGAGGCAGAAGCUGGAGAUAACGUCACUCUUUGGUGCCAACAUGGUCUGACUGAUACAGGUUUCAUCUUCUGGUUUAAACACACAAGUGAUUCAGUUCCACUUCGUCUUGGGUGUAAAAAGUUUAGGACAUCAGCUCCAUCACAAAACUGUUACUUCUUUAAUGAAAGUGAGAGAAUAGUGAUGUCUGUUCAUGGCAAGAGCACGUCUCUCACAAUCACUGCAGUAAACGUCUCUGAUACAGGACUGUAUUACUGCAGCUUCUGUGAUAAAAUGAUCUUUAGCAACUCGACCUCUUUACAAGUGAAAGGUGUAAAAACAACAUUUUCUGAGGAUAAAGCUGCAGGUUCGGACUCGUCUGCUGUGUUCUUCAUGCUGAAUGCGGUGUUUAGUGCCGUGAAUCUGAUUGUUCUCUGUGUCCUGAUCAUCAUACUGAAGAACAGAAAAACUCUUAGAGGUGCUGAAGCAGAAGAUAUUGAGGUUGCUGACUCGGACUCGGAGCAUUACACCGCACUACAGUCCUCUACCAAGAACACCAAGAGAACCAGGAGACAUGAUGAAAAGGUGUAUACACAUGUUGUAUAUUCUUCAAUCGCACAGAGUAAUUUGUGUACAUAAAUCAUUUAUUGUUUGCUUAAAAUGAAACAUAUUAAUAUAACAUAACAUAAUAUAAUAUCAUAUAAUAGUUUCAGCAUUCUGCACAUUUAAUUUUAUACUCUAAUCCUUGUAUCAGGUCUCAG